AUGGUGAGACUCAGAUGCCCGUUUCCAGAGUGUAACUGUGCCAUUGUUGAGUUGGAUGAAAGCCGUGAAGCUUCUUUACCCACGGGGAUCUCGGAGAAACUGAGAUUGAUGCUUCCUUCAAAACAUGCGACGUCAGACGGGCUUUUCACGGUGUUCGAGGAUAUCUGGGAUUUCGACAACAUUGGCGUUUCCAGGGCUAUUUCAGAGGGCUCGGUUGACAUUUUUGAUAAACGGGACGCUGAAAAGGUGAUGUUUACGUGGCGAGGAAAUUCCUACGUGUUGAGUAAAUUACAGAAAUACCUAAUAUGUGCCGAUUGCGAUCGUGGUCCAUUGGGCGUGGUCUGUGAGGUACGAAGCAGCAAAAACAGCGACGAAACGCUGACGUUGAACAUGCUCAGUCUAAGAAGUGUCAAACAAGCCGAGAAGUGA